CAGAGAACGAUCGUUAGUGAUUGCUUCCGUGUUUGUGAUUACUCUUUGUCAAAAUCCGUUCAACUGUCAGGUUAAUGUAGUGAGGUUUCGGUUUUUGUUUUCUUUGUGAUAGUUGGAUGAAGUUUAGGAUUCCAUAAAUAAACAACGAUAAAAAAUGCUACACGAACUUAUCUACUAUCACAAAGCAGUAAUUAAAUUGAAUUAUAAAUAUAGAAUAUUUUAAGGCCAACAAAAUGCAAAGAGGUGGAUCACAAUACUUUCCUGGGGCUGAUAACCCAAAUAAUCAAGCUCGUAAUAAUGGAAUUCCUAACCCCCUCAUAAAUGUACGAGAUAGACUUUUCCAUGCAUUGUUUAUUAAAGGUGCUUUAUCCUAUGCCAGAACAUUUCCAAAAUCUGUGAGAAGAUGCAUUGAAUUUACUAUUUUAUUGAAGGCUAUAUGUGCUUUUUUUGUCCUGGCAUACACUCAUAUCAUCUUCUCAAGGACACCUUCAAUAUGUUUGGAACAUGUAAGAAACACUUGGCCUAGAGAUGGAAUUUUACGUGUCGAAAUCGUCAAAGGAAGUGGGGGUAAUGUUAAUUUUUAUAGCAGUUUUUCAGAAGAAGAGGAACAUGUAAUUGUAAUCAAUAAGGCUGAAUCCGCUAUAAAUAAUUUUCCUAAUAGUGUAAUUAAUGUUGAAUCUUCUACUGGUGAUCCUAUUCAAAGGGUGAAAUUAAAUGGACUUUUUCAAAAUAAUUCUAAUUUUGAGCCAAAUGAGGAUAAUGAUGUAAGCAACAAUACUAGUUAUUUUCAAAACAAAAAUUUCAAUACCAUGGAUGAUAAUUAUCAAACGACAAAGAUGACAUCAUCUGAGUUUAAUCCUAACAGUACUUUGUCAGAACCAACUGAACACAGUUAUUCGGAAUCUGAAAUAACAUUAAAAGAUAAUGUUUCAGAAAUGGAUCGCCUAAUGAAAGCUGUUCUUCCAGAUGAAGAGUAUAUUGUAGAAUAUUCAUUGGAGUAUGGCAUGUUAAGACUUUCUGCUGCAACAAGGCAGAAGUUGAAUAUACCAGUUAUGGUUGUUACGCUUGAUCCUGAUACUGAUAAAUGCUUUGGUGAUGCCUUAUCUCGCUUCAUCUUAAAAGAAUUAAUAGGCUAUGAUGAUUUGUUAAUGUCCAGUAUAAAAGCUUUAGCUGAAGAUGAAGAUAAUAAAGGUUAUUUGAGGAAUGUUGUUACUGGAGAACAUUAUAGAUUUGUCAGUAUGUGGAUGGCUAGAACAUCAUAUAUUUCAGCCUUUUUUAUUAUGAUUAUUUUUACUGUUUCCAUAUCUCUUCUUCUGAGGUACUCACACCAUCAAAUAUUUGUCUUGAUAGUUGAUAUACUUCAAAUGUUAGAGUUUAAUGUGACUAUUAUUUUUCCUGCCACUCCUCCUCUUCUGACUGUCAUUUUAGCUCUUAUAGGAAUGGAAGCUAUAAUGUCAGAAUUUUUCAAUGACACUACUACUGCUUUUUAUAUCAUCCUUAUUGUGUGGAUUGCUGACCAGUAUGAUGCAGUUUGUUGUCAUACAUACAUUACCAAGAAGUAUUGGCUAAGAUUCUUCUAUUUAUACCAUUUCUCAUUUUACGCCUAUCACUAUCGAUUUAAUGGGCAGUACAGUGGACUUGCUUUGAUAACUUCAUGGCUUUUCAUUCAGCACUCGAUGCUCUAUUUCUUUCACCAUUAUGAAUUGCCACUGAUACUCCAGCAGGCACACCUUCAGGAAUUCAUCAUACAAGCUCAGGUACCCGAAAACGAGGAGAAUAGCGAGCCCCCGAGCGAUGUGGAUCCUGAGAUUUCUCCGAUGGCUAAUCAGAUGUUGCCAUCCAGUUCUGGACCAUCCGAACCAAGGAUUCCACCAAUUCAAGAUGACGACUUGAGAAGAUUGGUUAAUAAUAUUCCAGAGGAAGGUAACAACGGACCUGGGCCUGUCUGAGUGGGGGUUGGGCCGAUCUUUAUGUUGUUUGAGUAAGCAAGCUGAUAUUUGAUAUUACCCGAAAGGGGUGGACUGUUGAAUAUUGUUAUGCUGGCGAAUGAUCGGUCAAUGUCUUCAUUACUUCUUUAAUGUAUAUUGAAAAAAUAUCAAUAUUGUGUCCUGUCUACAUUGUUACUUGACUUUAAGACUAUAAAAUGUUAUUUUCUAUUAAGAUAAUGAGUCAUUUACUGGGUUUAGAAUAUAGAAUUCUGAAAUUGUAUAUACAUGGCUAUCUUAACAUGGCGGCCUUUAUUAUUACUAUAAAUUGGAUUUGUGUCAAGAUAAUGUUUUAAGAAUUUUAAGCAAAGAAUACUACCACCUGUUACUUUUCUAUUUUUUCUUGCCUUAUAUUGAUUAUAUCGUAUGUAAUAAUAAGUAUGUAUAUUUUUAAAAAUUAAUACUCUGGUAAAGCUUUGAUUUAGUAAGGCUACUUCUUAAAAAUAAGAAAUAGCUCCUACAACAUUAUAAAGAAAUAUUUAGAUAAUAAGUCUAUAUAAAUGUUGUUCAUUCUAUAAACCUAAACGUUUUAUUAUUAAAUAAUAAAGUUCUCCUUUCUUAUUCUUUAAAUGGUUAACAAAUUGAUAUGUUUAAUGAGGGCCAGAAAUCAUAAGAAACAUUUUGAAAUAGUAGUAAUUAUUAUUACAAGAGCUCUAUAGUUAUACCAUAUUUUUAACUUUGUUUAAAGUUAAAGCUUCUGUUUGGUGUGUAUGCUUGAUGUCUAAAGUUUCUUAAAUAUUAUAUCGAAAUCAUGUUAUUGAUAAUAUUGAUACUUUUCACUAUAUUUGUAGUUGUUCUUUUUAUGUUAUAAAAGGGGUUAUAGUAUAUUUAAGAUAGGAACCAAUUUAGUAUAUUUUGUUCCACGUUAAAACUUUAGUGACGUUUGUUUAUACUUCCAAGAUGGCGGAGGAUGCAAGUUGAUUGAUUAUUGUAUAUUGGUUUUAGUUAUAAAAUAAUUUAAUACAUUUUGGUUGUAUUUAUUUUAUUUUUAUAUAAUUUUAGUAAAAUUUAGUUGAAUAAGUAUUUUUCUUAUCUGAGCCCUGUUUUUUCUUUCUUUUUUUAUUAUUUAUUUGUAUUUUAAACCUUAUUUUUGUGACAAUAAUUGUUAGCCAGAAAUUUAAUGUCUUGCAAUAGCUACUAAACAAAGUCUGCUUGGCACAUUUACUUUCAUUUUUUAAAAUAUAUUUAGAAGUUUCCAUAAAUAUAAAUAAAACAAUAUAAUAUAAUAAAUCCUAAUAAUGUUAUAUAUUUCAGUCAGUUGUUAUAAAUAUUUUUGACAUUUUCCUUAAUCACUUAUUUAAAUAUAUAUCAUGUAAUUGAACUAGUUUGAUAAAUGUAACAUUAUUAACAAUUUCAUUAAAACAUAUGUGAAUACUAGGAGUCAAAUUAUUGAAACAAGUAGAUUGCUAACUGGUCAUUAUUAUUUUGUGGUUUCUGGUUCUCAUUAUUUUUGGUGAUUUUUUUAAAAUUAAUAAACCAAUCAAAUUAGCUGUUGGUAUCAAAUUUCAUUAUGAUAAAGUACUGUAUUAAAAGUAGAUGUAUAUAAAGCUAUGUAUCAUAUCCGAUGUACCAUACUGAAUUCUAUGUGGGCUUAAAAGUUGUCAAAUCAAAACUUUUAUCAAUACAUAAUAUUCUUGUCAACUAUAAACAGGUUUAAUGAUAAAUUUACCAUGACAAUAUUUAUUCUGUUUGAUAUUUAUCGAAACUGAUUCUAUGUCACCAUAGAAUUUUUAAUUAAUUAUGAGAUGUCUAUUUGUAAUCAUAUAUAGAAAUAUAUGUAUGUAUUUGUGUGUAAAACUACAGUUUAACAAAUGUUUGUUUGGUUGACUAAAGUCAUUGUUUGGCUCUAUAUAUGUUGGCAAUAUGAAUUCAAUGAUAUAAUUGGGUGUUCCAUUUUAUAUUCUUAUUAUUUAAUUAAUUGAAUUAAUGUGGUAUCUGACUAUGUUUUUAUUUAGUAGCAUUUUUUAGAUUAAUGGUGUAUAUGUGUAAGUAUGUAUUGGUAUAAAUAUAUUUUUUAUAUAUAGGCUGUUUCACUUAAGCAUUGGAUCGUUUAUUAUUAUUAAAAAAAAAAAAAAGAAGUAAUAUUUGUUGAAAGACAAUUUGAGAUAGCCCGUUAUCUAAUUAUUUUAAUUUUUCUGCCGUUUCUUAAUUUUUUUUUUCUUUGCAGUUAGGUGGUAAUAAGUAUUUUCCCAGUGCGUGACGUAUUGUUUUUCGUUUACUUUAAGAGAUUUAAUUUACUUUAAGUCCUUUAAGCGCUCCAACCAACAGCAGAGCCGCUACUUAGGAUUUUUUCAAAAGGAGCUUGAUUUAAUAGGUUGUAUAUAAAAAAAAAAAGACCGUUUUUCAACCAAACAUUUUAUUAUUAUUUCUUUGAUAUAAAAUACAAUUAAUCUUUAAAAUAUAGUCCAUUGUUAUCUACCAUCAUUAGCUAUGUGCUUGCGAAUUGCUCGAUUCUUUGGGAUGGCCGUAAAAAAAACCCUUGGACCGCAAAAUUAUCAAAUUUCUUCUCUUGAAGAAAAUGGGCCAUAGAUCUAAAUAAGUAGUAAUCAGAUGGCGCGAGGUCUGGGCUAUAUAGUGGAUGAGGCAGGAGUUUUUCAGACAAGUGUUUUUCAAUAACUUUUAACAAAUUUUUAUCCGCUUAGCUGAUUUUUGAGGAGUAAGUUCGUGAGGUACCAGUAUGCUGCUCUUUUUCAUCUUCCCUAUGGAGAGUAGACGGCUAGUAACAGUAUCUUUCAACACAACACACUCCCUGACAAGUUCGCGAGUACUUGUGGACAGAUUUGACUCAACAGCUUCCUGCAGAACCUCAUUAAUAUCCUUUAAUGGUCGCCCAGAGGUCUUCUUCCUAUCCAACUGCUAAAAUUUUCAUACUAACGCCGCGCAAUGCGCUGGUCAAGAACACUUUCCCCUUCUUAUUUAAUAAUUUCACGAGUUGCUCCAGCGACUGUGAAUUUUUUUUUCAGUAAUGCCUUAUAAUUACGAGAAUUUCGUCGGUCACUUUCAUGUUUCUUCUUUGAAACAAAUAACUAAACUGAGGAUUUUUUUGAAAAAUUCGAAUGGAAUUGAACAAGCUUAGAGAAUGCUCUAAAAGGAUUGUUAAGUAUUGGGAAGUAUUAAAUAGGAUUUAAAUAUUUACAGUCCUUUGAAAUCUUGAAUUUGAUAAAACGGUCAUUUUUUUUUAUACUCCCUAUUAUUUGUUUUAUCCUUCCCCCUGAACAAUUGUCUACUUAGUUUUAUUAAAAUUAUUGUAUAUAAUAUAUUUCGAAAUAAAUGUCAUCAUCUCAUAACAUUAACUCAUUUUAUUGAAUGAAUUAAUUUCAAAACAAUAAAAAAAACAAAAGGGAGAAACAAAUAUUUUUCCUUAGCCUAUAAAUAAAAUUUCACUCAAAACAUGGCGCGCUCUAAAUUCUAAGAGCGGAAUCUUCUCUAUUUAUAAAGGAAAUAUAUCUUUUUUAUUUCUAGCCAAUAAUGUUAAUUUUUAUUUUUUACUCUCCAAACGAAGAAAUUUCAAAAUUGAUUACAUGUUUAUGUUACGUUUAUAUCAUUAAUUUUUUUACCAAUAUUUUAUCAAUCCUAAACGUUUAGCGCCAUAUUACAGUUGAAAUUUGUGAGCAAAUUUAAAUCUAUUCUGGUGAUAAUUGACAGUUAAUCCUCAAAUUCCUGUGAAACACAUGUAUGUAUUUACAAAAUAUAUCAUUUAUUAUAUACGUAUUUAAACUUAUACUCAUUGUUUUAGGAACAGCUACUUCACGUUAAUGUUUUGUUAUGGCUGUGAUGAUUUAUCGUUGUUUUCCUUUUUCGAUGUAAUUAUUAUCCUAAUUUCUAUAUCUAUUUCUUUCUUUUUAUCUAAUUAAAAUUUUCAGUUUAUCCAUCCUAGUGGGGCUUGUUUUCUUUUUUACUUUUCGUAAUAUGUUGUCAUAAUUACUUUAUUUAUUUUAUAAUAUUUUGUUUCAUAACAAGCUCUUCAAAAUAUUGAUUUUAGUCUACUUAUGUAACUUAAUUUUAUGACGACUUACAUUUCAUCUUUAAAACUACUAUAAUAUUAGCAUGGUUAAUCAAAAUGUAUUGUUGAUCAAAAUAUAUGUCCAGUGUAUGUUGUUUUUGUUUUUUUCAGUUCUGUUUAAAAAUAUAUAGAUUCUUAAUACCUACAUAUAGAUUAUUUUUAUGAUGUAAUAGUUCAUGUUGUCAAUUCGAUGUUAUAAAUUUAC